AAAUUGUUGUUGUUUUUUUUAGCCGUCCGUCGCAGAGCAAGCACCGUCGGUAACGGAAAUUCUUCUUAACAUUUUUCGCGCUUUACGUUCUGUACGGCGCCCGGUCGUCGUCGUCGUCGUCGCCGUUGCUGCCUCCCCGAACAUCGACAAGCGCAGCGGCGUCGCAUCAAGCACACACAAAAAAAAACCUUAACAUACACACACAAACAACAAUACAUACAUAGAUAAUUACAAGAAGACUGCACCGUUCUGCCUUAAGCGUCGACGUCAGCAGAGAGAGAGAGAGGAGAGCCAGAGCAGCGAACAAGCAGUGCAAAGCAGUGCAAACAACACGACGGAGAAAACUAAAAAAAAAAUCACACUAUUGAAAGCCAAAGCAAUUCAUCACAAUGAGCUCGUACAUCGAACUGUUGGGAUUGUUUGUGCUGCUCAUGCUGCCCUUCUUGUACGAGACGAAUCACAUAUUCCGCUACUACUUCAAAUUCCUCAUCUAUUAUGGGAUCGUAUCGUUUAAUUCGAUCAUAUUAAUACCGGCUUUUCUCACACGCCCCUGUGAUGUGCGCAAUUUACUAUGGGCGAGCACUUGGUGUCAUCGGGUGACAGCGCUGAUCGGACUGCGCUGGGAGCUGCGGGGCAAGGAGCACCUCGAGAAGGAUCAGGCCUGCAUAAUCGUGGCCAAUCACCAAAGUUCGCUGGAUGUGCUGGGCAUGUUCAACAUCUGGCAUGUGAUGAACAAGUGCACAGUGGUGGCAAAGCGUGAACUCUUCUAUGCCUGGCCCUUUGGUCUGGCCGCCUGGCUGGCGGGCUUGAUAUUCAUCGAUCGUGUGCGCGGCGAGAAGGCACGCGAUACGUUGAAUGCGGUGAAUCGUCGGAUCAAGAAGCAGCGCAUCAAACUGUGGGUAUUCCCGGAGGGGACACGACGCAACACCGGCGAACUACAUCCGUUCAAGAAGGGGGCCUUUCACAUGGCCAUCGAUCAGCAGAUACCGAUACUGCCGGUCGUCUUCAGCUCAUACUGUUCAUUCCUCAACGACAAGAAGAAGAUCUUGAAUGCGGGACGCAUUGUGAUCACAACGCUGCCGCCGGUUAGCACCGAGGGUCUGACCAAGGACGACAUCGACACGCUAAUGGAUCGUGUCCGCGCUCAGAUGAGCGAAACGUUUAAGCUCACCUCCGCAGAGAUGCUGCAACGCUAUAAGCCACACAAGACGCCACCGAUAUCGUCGCCGCCGAUGGUUGUCAAUGGAGCCGAAGCGGCUGUGGCUGCUGCUGUGGCGAAUAGUUCGGGAUACGCGCAGCUGCAUGCGGCUGCCUCGUAUGAGAGCUACAAAAGCGCCAGUGCCAGCAAAGCGACAAUGCUGAAGACGCUGUAGAUGCAUUCGACAGCUGCGCUGCUGACUAAAUGACAAAUGCACCUUAACCUUAUGACAUGUGGUGCACGUAUUUUGGCGCGACUGUCCAAAAAACUUUCGAGACUUUAUUCGUAGGCAAAACUGCAAUGCAAACACACACUCACACACAUACCAAAAACAACAACAACAACAACUAAAAUGUAGACAAAACUUUAAGGCACACACUAUGCAACAACACAACAUUUCGAUUUCAUUCCCAUUGACAAAAUUAUUAUGUUUAUUAUAUGCUAAUGAUUGAGUUGUAAGGGUCAGCUUAUAUGUAAAAACGUUGUUUAUGUUUGUGAUGAUUCCCAAGUCAAUGGUUUCCUCAACAAUUUACAUUUUAAGUGCCAUUUGUUGGCAGAACUAUAGUAAAAUGUUUUAAUUUAUGAGUUUAGGAGACAUAUUGACGGAGCAGAACAAUUUAGAAAGUUACAGAAAGAUACCCGCUACCCAAAUUCAAUAAAAAUGAAACAAAAGAGUUCGGUAUUAUACCGCAAAAAUACUAAAGUAUACCGUAUAUUUGGUAUAUCAAUAUACUACUACAUUCAAAAUAUACCAUAAUGUAUACCGAAAUGUGUAUUUGGUAUAUCGAUAUACUACUACAUUCAAAAUAUACCAUAAUGUAUACCGAAAUGUGUAUUUGGUAUAUCGAUAUACUACUAUAUUCAAAAUAUACCAGAAAGUAUACCGAACUAUGUAUUUGCUAUGUAUAUCGAUAUACUACCACAUUCAAAAUAUACCAUAGAGUACAAAAAAUAUACCAAAUUGUCAAAGCAGCCCAUAUCAAAUUAUUUCUUGGAUAACUUCCAAGAUUUCUGUCUCAUCUCCAUGAUGGGUAGCGGGUAAAAAAAGAAACACAAAGUUUUCCCUUUGCUAUAUCAUGUAUUAGCAUUAAGAUCAACAAACACAAUGUUGAGGAUUCAGUCACAUGUAAUUUCCAUUCUUAUAGGAGCUACUUAUGAUCUCCCAAGUUUUGAAACAAUUCCAAAUUCCUUUUUUUUAGUAUUAUUAACAACCAAAUCGUAAGAAGCAUAACUUCUCAAAUUAAUGUACGUAUUCGUUUUGUUGCAUAGUGUUAAUGAUAUGCAUAAUACUAUAUAAUAAGUAUAUACCAUAAUAUGUAUACAGCACAUAAAGCUCUAAACUAAAGUUAUAAUCAAAUAUGUAUUAGCGAAACAUUUCUAACGAAUUUCUCCCCACAAUUCACACAAAAAAUUGCAAGAAAAAUGUAUUUUUAUUACUUAGACAUACCGAGAUAAAGCAAAGAAACAAAAAUCAAAAAAAAGAAAAACGAAAAACUAGAAAAAAAGAGAUGUGAAAUAUGGAAAUUGAAACCAAAGCUAUGUGAACACACUCUAACUAGCGGGGUUAGGGGUCCAAAAACAUGCCCAGAAAUGCGCUCAAUAUCGUUCGAUUGUAUAUAGCCGAUAAAAUAUAUUGUAUGUGACAUCAUCUUUUUAGAACUUAACCCAAACAAGAAAACAAAAAAAAACUCACAUGAAAAAAUCAUUUUGAAGAGCGCAUUAUUCACUUGGCCUGCCGAUGUUACACUUUUAAUUUGUCUAUGUAUUAUUUACCUAUAAUUAAUACUUUUUUUUAUUACUAUUUUUUUGUAGUUUUAUUUUGUUGAUUGUUCUUUUUUUUUGUGCAUCCCAAAAUGACUUGAAGAGAUUUUAAUUACAUAUGUAUAUGUAUUAAUGUAUUGUAAACAAGUAUAUUGUAUACCUAAAAGAUAAUGUUCUAAACUCAAUAUUGUAAAUACGAUUCGCGACAGAGAGAAAACGAGACAAAGCGGUACAGAGACAGAGAGAGAGACGGGGAUAGAGAGAAUGCAAAUGAGAUGGAGAAACACAGAGUGAGAGAAUGAAUUUCGCUUUGUUGCAGUUUAGUUUAAAGACAAAUCAAAACAAUUAAAUACUAAUAUUAAAAAUAACUUUUUUUUGCUAAUA